AUUCCUGUUUCUUUGCCUGUGUGUUGUCUCGGGCCUGAUUCUCUCUCCUCAUCUUCCUCUGUCCAGCUCAAAAAUCCUACCACUACCCAGGACCCGCUCCUCCUGCCUGUGAAUUUUGUGACUGGCCCCAGAAAGUUUCUUGGAGGACAAUCACCGAGCUAGCCUCUCUCCCCUGAUUUCCUGCCCUGCUUGCCUCUUAGCUCUGCUGACCACAUCCUCUCUCACCUUACUUAUAUACUUCCUUACCAGUCAUAUCACUGGGGAGUUCUUAGUCCCCUAAACCUGUAGAUGACCCCCACCCAGGCUCUCUGCUUUACCCUCUGCUCUCAUUCUGAGAUUCCUGUCCUUACGUUUCUCCCUAUCUCCCUACGCUGCUCUUAGAACCAUGUCUCUCUGCUUGGAAGCAGCCAGUCGCAUCUUUUGCUGGAUUUCCAACACCCCUUUUUUCCACAGGUGACAGUACUGACGACAAUGCUGUCAGGCCGGUGGUGGUCGAGUACCUGGGGGAGCCUUGGGCUGGGGCCCCAAAGCCCUUCUCGGGGAUCCCAGCUCUGUGCCCUCUAUGCCUUCACUUACACUGGGGCAGAUGGCCGGCAAGUGUCCCUAGCUGAAGGGGACAGGUUUCUACUGCUUCGAAAGACCAACUCAGACUGGUGGCUGGCAAGGCGCCUGGGAGCACCCCCCACUUCUCGACCCAUCUUUGUCCCAGCUGCCUACAUGACAGAGGAAUCUAUCCCAUGCCAGAGCCCAACCACCAUCGCCCCCAGCCAAUCCCUCUGGACACCUGGGCCAAAGGUGUUUCAUGGCUCCACGGAGGAGCUGUGCCUGUCUCAGGAACCCCCAGGCAGGACCCAGACCACCUCUAAGCGGCCUCCUCCUCUUCCCCCCAAAAUGUGUAGAAGCGUCAGUGUUACCAAUUUGAGGCCUACCCUCCUGAAGCCCUUCCAGGAAGGAGCAAGUAGCAGAUCCCUCUCUCAGGAAGACUUACUGCCAGAGGCCAGUGCCAACACGGCAAGACCCCAGCCCCUCAUGUCAGAGCACCCUGUGUACUGCAACCUAGUGGACCUUCGCCGCUGUCCCCGGUCUCCUCCCACAAGCCCUGCGUGCCCCCCACUACAGAGGCUGGACUCCUGGGAGCAACACUUGGACCCUAACUCCGGACGCUGCUUCUACAUAAAUUCGCUGACCGGCUGCAAGUCCUGGAAGCCUCCGCGCCGCACUCGAGUGCGGGAGAGGAACACUGGCUCCAUGGAGGGGACGCAGACCCUGAAUAGGGACAAUGGUGUCCCGCAACCUCAGGCAAAGGGCUCAGAAUCUGACAAGGUGACCCCGGAACUGCUUGGCCCCCAGGGUUCACCCUACAUCUGCCCCAACACCUUCCAGCUCCACCCCUCAGACCAGCCUUCAGCCUUGCAGCCCACUCGACCUCUGCCCCAGGUCCUGGACGACCCCCAUGAGGUGGAAAAGUCGGGCCUGCUCAACGUGACCAAGAUCGCCCAGGGGGGGCGGAAGCUCAGGAAGAACUGGAGCUCGUCUUGGGUGGUAUUAGCCGGUAACAGCUUGGUGUUCUACCGGGAGCCGCCGCCCACCGCGCCCUCCUCAAUCUGGGGACCAGCGGGUAGCCGACCCGAGAGCAGCGUGGACCUGCGCGGAGCAGCCCUGGCCCACGGCCGCCACCUGUCCAGCCGCCGCAACGUCCUGCACAUCCGCACGGUCCCUGGCCACGAGUUCCUGCUGCAAUCAGACCAGGAGAUCGAGUGGCGAGCCUGGCACCGCGCGCUGCGGGCGGUCAUCGAACGCCUGGAUCGAGAGAACCCCCUGGAACUGCGUCAGUCAGGUUCGGGACCCGCAGAGCUGGAGGAGCUGAGCGGUGGGGAGGACGACGAAGAGGACUCGGAACCGGUGUCCAAGCCACUGCUGCGGAUCGGCGGCCGCCGGAGCUCCAGUCGGUGUCCUGAAGGAACAGAGCAGAACCGCGUUCGGAACAAACUGAAGCGGCUUAUCGCAAAGAGACCACCCUUGCAAAGCCUGCAGGAGCGUGGGCUGCUCCGAGACCAGGUAUUCGGCUGCCAGUUGGAAUCACUGUGCCAGAGGGAAGGGGACACCGUGCCCAGCUUUGUGCGGCUCUGCAUUGCUGCUGUGGAUAAGAGAGGUCUAGAUGUGGAUGGCAUUUACCGGGUGAGUGGAAACCUGGCGGUGGUCCAGAAGCUUCGCUUCCUGGUGGACAGAGAGCGGGCGGUCACCUCCGAUGGGAGGUAUGUGUUCCCAGAACAGCCAGGACAAGAAGGCCGAUUAGAUUUGGACAGUGCUGAGUGGGAUGAUAUUCACGUGGUCACUGGUGCUCUGAAGCUUUUUCUCAGGGAGCUACCCCAGCCUCUGGUGCCCCCAUUGCUGCUGCCCCAUUUUCGUGCUGCCCUUGCACUCUCCGAAUCAGAGCAGCGUGUCUCUCAAAUACGAGAAUUAAUAGGCUCAAUGCCCAAGCCCAACCGUGACACUCUGCAGUGCCUCCUGGAACAUUUAUGCAGGGUGAUAGCACACUCGGAUAAGAACCGCAUGACCCCGCACAACCUGGGAAUUGUGUUUGGGCCAACCCUGUUUCGGCCAGAGCAGGAGACAUCUGACCCAGCCGCCCAUGCCCUCUACCCUGGGCAGCUAGUGCAACUCAUGCUCACUGACUUCGCCAGCCUUUUCCCAUGACUGGGGCGAGGAAGAAGACAAAAACUUGUUUCCGCUGAUCUCUGAUGGCUACCCUUUGGUGGGGGUGGGAAUAGUGGAUGUUCUGUUUUGAGGACAUCCCAUUAAAUCCUGUGUCUCCCAGAUGACUGUCUCUGUGAGUAUGAUCUGAGGGGUUGGGAUGGGGUGGGGGAACCUCCCAAAAAAGGGAAGUGGGUGGGUUAACCUCUACUUCUCUUCUUGUUCACUGUCACCACCACCACCCCCCACCCCCAAGACAGUAAAGUGUAAAGCAGGG